UAGUUCUCUAUAUAGGUACCGUGUAGCAAAUAUUUUGGUAUUCAUAUGGAAAGUUGCAAUAUUCUAUCGCAGAUAUAUAGGUAUUAAAGGUGCUAACUAAAAAGUCGUGACUUUUUGCUGAUACCCAGCCUAUAGAGUUCAGUGCCCAGCCUAAAUAAAAGUCUUGUAUUUAUAGUUGAGGAAAAUGGAGGAAUCAAAUGCAGAAAACGUCAAAUGCUACUUCCGUGUAAAAGACUACAGGGCAGAGAGGACCGUGCCUUAUGCGGCAAAGACAGACAUCCAUCCACUCACCAGCGUAAAUGCGGGUGGUGUAGGUGGCGCCACCAGUCGGCCGGAUGGUGGCGCUAGUGUCGGCGAUCCGCUGACCCGGCUGAUGGAGGGCAGCGACCCACUGUCGGCGCUGGCCGCCCUCGACAUCGCCCAGGAGCCCGAGCAGGCGGCGCCGGAUCGUCGUUCUGGCGCGCCAGCGGACGACUGGCCGGCCCGCCGGCGCGCCAUUUUGGCUCAGUUCACCACCUCGCAGCUGGUGACGGUCACCACUCGCGCUGGUGACGCCGGCGCCGACACCGUAUCUGCUCGUCCGGCCAGCCGCUCCCGGGCCCGUCUGGCCCAGUUGGAGACGGACAAAGACGACGCAGCCGGCAAGGAGCAGUUCACACAGCAGGAGUUCAUAGCCCACACUGGCCGUCUGAGAAAGCAGCUCCAGCAGGCGUGGCAGGCGGACCAGCGGGUGCGCGCCCUCAAACUGGUCAUACAGGCCUGUAAGCUGCUGGAGGAGGUGGGUUCCGCCCAGUUCUACCCCACAGUGUUUGUCCUGGUGACAGACAUCCUGGAUGUGUUUGGGACGCUCGUCUACAACAGAGUCACCACCAAGGAUAAGGAGCAGGGUUCACCAGCGGCGCCACCUGGUGGUGACCUGGUGACCGAGGCCGGCCGCGAGACGUGCCGCAACUGGUUCUACAAGAUCGCCUCCAUUCGAGAGCUGGUGGCUCGGCUCUACGUGGAGAUGGCUGUCCUGCGCUGCUACGACCUCCUGCAGCCCGGGUGA